AUGAUGUAUGGGACCCAUGUCCAACCUGAUGUAUGGGACCCAUGUCCAACUCGGUGCAUGGGACCCAUGUCCAACACGAUGUAUGGGACCCAUUUCCAACCUGAUGUAUGGGACCCAUGUCCAACACGAUGGUAUGGAGUAUUAGCCCCUCGCACACAAGCGGGAAGACUGAUUUGCAUAUUUUACGCUAUUUUUGGCAUCCCGUUAUUUGUCAUCUUUCUAGCAAAGGUCGGUGAACUAGUGUCCGUACCACUGAAAUAUCUGCACGUCCGCUCGACGCGUAAAUACCGUGCCCUUAAAGCUAUGCUUAUAAAAAAGAAAAACAAUACUUCCACGUCGCCAAAAGAGGAGAGUCACGAUAUGGCAGCUAGUCCAAGCUGGUAUUUUGACCGGGACAGUUCCGAGGUCGGGUCAGUUACACCGACCGGACUAAGAUCAGCUGGAACACAGACCGGCACGCCAAAUACAUUAGCCGUUUUUGAUUCCGGAAUCACUCCGUAUCCAGAUCGGGACGAGGAAACGACGUCUAGAAGGUCAACCAUGGGAAGCAGCUCGUCGGAUGUACGCGCAAAAAAACCUGGAAUGGCGAAAGCAGUUUCUAUUGGAAACUUUGGUGACAACUUCAUGGGUUUAAAAAAAUCUCCGAAAAAAGAGAGUGGCAGUGCGGCUGGUUCGAAAGAGGAGGAAGUCGACGCCCCGGUGGGGUUCAUGAUUAUCGUUUUGUUGAUUUACGUGUUAGUUGGUGCACGUGCCGUUAUAUAUCUAGAACCACAGUGGCAGUACCUGGAUUCUGUCUAUUUCACAGUUGUAACAUUUCUAACUAUAGGUUUUGGUGACAUUGCUCCUGGUGAUGACAGGCCAGAUCUCAGCGAAGAAGAGAUACUUAUGAGACAGACGAUUUUAUCUAUUUUUAUUGUCAUUGGUCUGGUGAUGAUGUCCAUCGCGCUGAACCUCGCUAGGGAUAAAGUCAGAUAUUCUGUGAAGAAACUUGUGAAAAACAAAGGGAAUCGUACUAGGUGUCGGUGCUUUGGCAACUGCUGCAGAAUACAGAAAACACAAGGGGAAACAGAAGUUUGA